AUGAUUGAGCGGAAGGUUUUAGACAUAUGUAUCAUUGACGAGGGCGGUCCCGAGGCAGAUGAUAUAUUAUUUCGUUGGUUUCUUCUCCUUCGUUUUUCUUCUAUUCUAUGGAAUCCUCCCUCUCUUUUAUUCAUUUUUCACAUAUCCGAAUUCUCUCUCUCUAACCUUCUCUCUCUCUCUCUAACCUUCUCUCUCUCUCUCUAUCUCUCUUCCACCGAUAACCGUUUUCCACCGAUUCUUCUCCUCGACUCGCCAUUCGCAUUACCGAUCCGCGUUCUCGAUUCUGCUCCGAUUCUCAUCCUACGCGCUUAUUGCCUGUUUUCCAAUACAUCGACACAAUCUGAAGUUGACAACAUAAUCAUAAUGGAUCAACUUUGUAGUAUACAAUCAAUACCACCAAGUCAACAGGAUUUCUAA